AGAGGCGCUCUGCGGCAGCGAGGCGGCGACACCGAACCCGCCUUUCGGGCGGCAGGGCCGCGGCUGCCAGCCUACCCUGUGGCCGCGGUGACGAGGCCGGCGGACUGCGGCAUGGAGAACGACCUGGCCCCAGAGGACGACGACCUGCUUCAUUCAGAGAAGGAGUUCCAUGAUGCAGCAAAGCGGAAUGACGCAGCCAGGAUGGAGGAGCUUAUCAAGAGAGGAGUCGAUGUCAGAGCCAAAAACAGUACAGACCGGACUGCCCUGCACUGGGCUGCGGGAGCAGGGAACGUAGAUGCAGUGCGACUCCUCCUGGAUCAUGACAUCCCAGUGGAUGACAAGGACAGUUUUGGAAUGAAUGCUCUUCUCCUAUCUGCCUGGUUUGGUCACCUCCGUGUUCUGCAGAUCCUCCUCAAUGCUGGGGCCAAGACCGACUGUGUCAAUAGGAAUGGCAGGAACCUGCUCCAUUGUGCAGCUCAGAGAGGACACAUCCAAGUAAUGGAGUUCAUCAUGGAGCACCUGGAGGACGUGUGUGUGGAUAAGACAGACAAGAUGGACAGGACAGCAUUUCACCUGGCUGCAGAGCAUGGGCAGCUGGAGGUGGUGGAGUUCCUCAUUCGGCUGGGAUGCUUUCACAGUGCCAAGGACAAGGAAGAAAACACAGCCUUGCAUUUAGCUGCUAAAAAUGGACACCUCUCUGUACUGCAGAAGGUUAUAGAUAUUGGAGUGGACCUUGAUGAAAAGAACUUAGAGGGACUUACAGCUCUGCACCUGGCUGCUGAGGGGGGUCACAGUGACUCUGUGAAGCUGCUUUUGCAAGCUGGUGCUGAUGUCAAUGCCCAAACCCAGAAGAGGAUGAGCUGCCUUCAUUACGCAGCACUGCACGGCCAUCAGGAGAUCGCCAAGAUCCUCAUGGAUGCAGGAAUCCACACAGAUGCUGUGAAUCAUCAAAAUGCAUCAGCAACACACAUUGCAGUACUGCAGAACUUCCCAGCCAUGGUCAAGCUCUUCAUCGAUGCAAAGUGUGACCUGGACAUUCCAGACAAUCCUCAUACUUACCCCUCUCUGAAAUGUAGUCCUUCCACCCUCCUUCUGCAGAGGCAACAGACCUCACUCCACAUCGCUGCGGAGCAUGGCCGGCAGGACAUCGCCGAGAUGAUUCUCAUUGCAGGAGCUAACUUGAAGCUUACAGACAAGCAAGGGAAGACAUCUCUGGAUGUCGCUGUGCGAGGCAAUCACAUCAACUUGGCAGACAUGAUUAUCAAAGCUGAUCGUUUCUACAGAUGGGAAAAGGACCACCUGAGCAGCGACUCCAACUCCUGGGUGGCAAAGCCCUUGAGCUUUAAGCAGGAUCACAGGCUGGAAACACAGCACAUCCGCUCAGUCAUGUGGAGAUUAGCUACCAAGUACCUCAAACCUGGGGAAUGGAAGAAGCUGGCACAUUUCUGGAAAUUCACUGAUGCCCACAUUCAUGCCAUCGAGCAGCAGUGGACAGGCACCAAAAGCUACAGGGAGCAUGGCCACAGAAUGUUGCUUAUCUGGCUCCACGGUGUGAUCACAGCAGGAGAAAAUCCAAUCAAGGGAUUGUACGAGGGCCUUGUGGGGAUUGGAAGAAGAGAUUUAGCAGAAAGCAUUCGGAAAAAAGCCAACGCCGACUCUGCCUCCCCUCGGAAGUGUGUGGCAAUGUAACAGCGGCUGCAUUCUCGCCUCCUCUGGAGCUGCAGGGGAAACAUCUGCACUGCUGCUCUUCAGAAGGCAGCUGCAACUCAAG